AAUUAAAUAUCAUUUAUAAUUAGUUAUUGACAUGCUUUAUUUUCCAAGUCUUACUCGUACAUCACAUGUAAUUCUUUUUUCCCUCUUAAAAAACAUUGUUGCUUUGUAGUUCUUCUUCGUAAUAUUUUGAGACUUUAUAGGGGUGCAUUUUGGGCCAUGGCGAAGAAAAAAUCAGCGGGGGAAUACAAUGCAUUUCCCUACAUGUGUCAACUAUUAUGCAGAACUUUAUGGGUUUUUUAUGGAAUUCUCUCUCCAGAUGGUUUGCUAAUUAUAACAGUAAAUUCAGUGGGGGUGUUCACCCAAAUCAUUUACGUCCUUACUUAUCUCAUUUAUGCUCCUUGUGAUAAAAAGGUGAAGGCAUUCAUUUUGGUGAGCAUAAUGAACAUCGUUUUCCCAGGAGUAGCAAUAGCUUUGAGUCUUCUUGUUCUCCAUGGAGAUGCCAGGAGUACUUUCGUUGGAGUUUUAUGUGCAGUUGUCACAAUCGGCAUGUAUGCAUCCCCUCUUUCCGUCAUGAUAGCAGUAAUAAGGACGAAGAGUGUGGAAUCUAUGCCAUUUCUCUUCUCAUUUUUCCUGCUACUGAAUGCCGGGGCUUGGUUUGCAUUUGCUAUGUUCCUCCAAGAUCCGUAUCUCAUUGUAAGUAUACUGUGUACUUUCCCGACAUUCAGCUUACAAACACCUGAUCAGUUAUAUAGGAUUUAAGUUAUAUACGUACAUUGAUAGUGGGGGAAAUACUAUAGCAGGUUAGUUACAAUUUUUUAAUUUUUUUUGUGGUAAAUUAGUUGGUUACCAGCUUUAUCAGAUUACUAAUUAGUGUUUAUCAUAAAGAUUUGCUUGUAAUUACCUUAUAUGUGAUCUGAUUAUAUAAUUCUAUUUUUAAUCAUCGAUGCAUAAAACUUAAACUCUUAAUAGGUACUAACUUGUCUUUUUUUUUUUUCCUUUAAAUCAGGUGCCAAAUGUGGUUGGAUUAGCCUCAGGGUCAGCACAGCUUAUUAUUUACAUAAUCUAUAAGAACAAACCUUCACCAGUGAACUCAGUAGAAAUGGUUGAUAUUCAUGAAGAAUAUGUUCAGGCAGCUGAGGAAGGCAGCCUUAAAGUUCAUAAAAGUGAUAGUACAAAGAGCACAAGCAUGAUAACGGAGCCAGCAAUAUUAUCAAAG